CCUCAGUGUGUGUUGCUGCGUGCGGACCGCUAGGACACCGACAGGAAGUGAUGUUGCUGGGACAGAUGAAGCAGAUACACAUUGAACCUGAUGCCUCCCGUAUGGAGGAGGCUUUUGGCUGUGCUGUGGAAAACCGCUUCAACCGCCUUCUGGAUGAUGAAACAGACCCGCUAGAGUUCCUUCAGAAAGCUGCAGAGGAGAAGAGUCGCCGCAAAAAGAAACAAACUGUUGCAAAAAAUGAUGGCAAGAAGGAAUCUCAGAGAGACCGGAAGGCUCAAUUUGCUGGAACGAACACAGAGGUCCAGAAUAAACAAACGGGCCAGAAACAACCCCCCAAACCACAGCAAAGCGGAAAUCCUGCUGUGAAAACUUACAAACCAAAAACUGAGCAAAAGCCUUUUGAAGAUAUGUAUCAUUGUGUUGUAGAGAACCCAACAGAGCAUGACAUGGAAUACAGACGCAUGGAGACUGUAGACAAAGAAAAACUUGUGAAAAGCUGGCUUUCUAACAGGGGAGGAACAAGAGGAAAAGGCAGAGGUGGCUUCUCAAGAAUCACAGAACAGGAUACUCAAAGAGGGAAAAGAGAAUUUGAUAGGCACAGUGGUAGUGGCCGCGGAGGUUUAAGAGCUGAAGACAAACGAGGUGGCAGUGGAAGUCAUAACUGGGGUUCAAUUCAAGAUGAAUGCAGUGCUGUAGAAUCUGCUCCAGUGGAAGAAUACUCUGAAAACCACAAGCCUCUUGAACUCUUGGAGGAAGAAAAUGUCAAGGUCACAGAUGAACUUGCAGCUGAAGAACUUGCAGAAGAAAUGACACUAGAUGAAUGGAAGUGUAGGCAAGAGCAAAACAGAGCUAAGCCAGAGUUCAACUUGCGUAAGCCUGCAUCCUCUGUACCUUCAAAAGCUGUGGUGAUCCACAAGUCUAAAUAUAGAAAUAAUAUGGAAAAUGAAGAGGAUCUACAGUAUGUCUGUCGCAGGCCUAUCAAUGAUAUCACUGCUCAGUUGGAUAUUAAUUUUGGAAGUCUGUCCCGACCUGGCCGUGGGGGAAGAGGUGGAGGACGUGGGCGUGUACGAAGAGAAGAACCAUUUUCUCAUGCCAUGGAUGAUGUUUACACAAUUGCUCCUGAUCCUGAUGACUUUGUGGACUUUCCUGCUUUGUCAUAACGGAACAUCUUCCAGUCUAGUGCACGGUGUGAGCUGCUUUUUUUCCACAAGCAUUAAUCAAUAGUCGGUGAAUGUAAAAUUUCAAUGCCUACAUUAAGAAGUUUCUUGUGAGCUUAUUGCCCUUUCAUGUUAGUGUUUUUGAAAUGGGUUUGUAAUGGGAUCUACAAAGAAGUUGGUAGAAACUACACUGCAUAUUUUAUGCUCAGGUCUGGGGUUUAGAUUGAAUUGGGGUGUUAAGAGCUGGAGCUUUAUGUUGAACUAGACAUGGCUAGACUCCAGUACACUGUGAGGAAUAUUUUCUAAAUAAAAGUAUUAAAAGAGCUAAGCACAAAAACUCUCAAUAUAGAGGAUGCAAAUAGUGCAAAACAUCUCAAUCCCUGUAAAUAUGUCUUGCCAGUUUUCUUUACCACAAUAUAAAAUGU